GUGUGAGCGCGCACGGCUCGCGAGUCCUCCGCCCGCCAGUCCGCCUGCCCGUGACCCAUGUCCCGCCGCAAGGCCGGCUGCAUGCCUCGCCGAAGAGAGCCUGCUCCCGCCGCCAACUCAGACGACGAGAUGGAGAUGCCGGACCUCUUCAUCGAUGUGAAGCCCGAGCCGGACCCGCGGCCCCUACAGGCCCGGCGGCUAGGGCCCUUCAACCCGAAGGAAAUGCCCGCGCCGGGGCGGUUCGAAGGCGAACCCCGCCACUCCCCCGGCCCCGUGCCCGCUGGCGGCCUCUUCCACGCCCUGGGCCUGCGCAACCAGUGGGCGCCGUGGACGCCGUUGACCCCGAACCUUCACGACCGCCAGCCGUGGACCGACAAACACCCAGAUCUGUUGACCUGCGGCCGCUGCCUGCAGACCUUCCCGCUGGAGGCCAUCACUGCUUUCAUGGACCACAAGAAGCUGGGCUGUCAGCUCUUCAGAGGCCCCAGCCCCGGCCACGGCUCAGAACGCGAGGACCUGAAGGCCUUGAGCUGCCUCCGCUGCGGCCGACAGUUCACGGGAGCCUGGAAACUGCUGCGCCACGCCCAGUGGGACCAUGGACUGUCCAUAUACCAGACGGAACCCGAGGCCCCAGAGGCCCCGCUGCUGGGCCUGGCCGAGGUGGCUGCUGCCGUGUCGGCGGUGGCGGGGCCAGAAGCCGAGGCCAAGGGCCCCCGGCUGGGUCCCGCCCGGCGGAGCCCCACCUGCCCCGUGUGCAAGAAGACCCUCAGCUCCUUCAGCAACCUGAAGGUGCACAUGCGCUCGCACACUGGCGAGCGGCCCUACGCCUGUGACCAGUGUCCCUAUGCCUGCGCCCAGAGCAGUAAGCUCAACCGCCACAAGAAGACCCAUCGGCAGCUACGGCCCCAGAGCCCCUGCGUGGCCGAUGCCAGUCAGGAGCAGGCCUCCGCCGCCCCUCCGGAGCCGGCCGCCCAUGCCGCCGCCCCGGCCAGCAUCCUCCCGUGCAGCGGCGGAGAGGGGGCCGGAGCAGCCGCCACGGCGGGGGUCCAGGAACCUGGGGCUCCUGGCGGUGGGGCCCAGGCAGGCCCUGGCGUGGACAGCUGGGGAGCUGACACCAAGGAGCAGAGAACUGACCCCGAGAAGAACCAGAAGACGUCACCCAAGAAGACGCUGAAGCCAGCGGGCAAGAGCCGGGGGCCCGGGCCCGGGGGCAGCUGCGAGUUCUGCGGGAAGCAUUUCACCAACAGCAGCAACCUGACGGUGCACCGGCGCUCGCACACGGGCGAGCGGCCCUACGCCUGCGAGCUCUGCUCCUACGCCUGCGCCCAGAGCAGCAAACUCAACCGCCACCGCCGCAUGCACGGCCUGGGGCCUGGCGGGCCCCGCUUCAAGUGCCCCCACUGCUGCGUGCCCUUCGGCCUGCGGGCCACCCUGGACAAGCACCUGCGGCAGAAGCACCCCGACGUGGUUGGGGACGCCUGAGCCGCGGGAAUGCCCCCUGCGGUCCCCCGCACCGCCGUGAACCACUUCUGUGACCUCCCUGUCCUUCCCCUGCGAGUAAAUCCUCCC